GGAAGCUACCGACAUGCAAGCUAACACGUGGGAAUAGCGAUUUAUGCUAUUUUGCUUUUACUUCAGGGAGGUGAAGUGCCUUUUAUUUAACCGUGCCUUGUCAACGGCGACUCUUGUACAUUUUGCUGAAGGUGACAGUCAUCUCGCAGUCGACUAUUGAGCUUGUUUAUCUGCCCUAUUAUGGCGGACAACGGCGGAGACGAAGAGUACAGAAUUAAAGAGGGCGACUACGUUGUAUUGAAACGGGGAGAUAUCUAUAAAGCUGUGCAAAUACAAACGAGAAAGAAGGUGAUCUUUGAGAAGCAGUGGUUCUUCCUGGACAAUGCGGUGGGCCAUCUGUACAGCACUAAAUUUGAGAUUGUGUCGGGAGGGACCCUGCAGCCUCAAGCACGCAAGAGCACAGAUAGCUCCUCAGAUGCCAAGGAGGCCGGCACAGAUAACAGAAACAUUUUGGACGAUGGGAAAUCCCAGAAAUUAACCAGGGAUGACAUUGAGACGCUCAAAGAGCAAGGUCUGAAGGGUCAGGAAAUCAUUCAGCAGCUAAUAGAUAACAGCUCAACAUUCAGAGACAAGACUGAGUAUGCCCAGGAUAAGUACAUCAAGAAGAAAAAGAAGAAGUAUGAAAAUACUGUGACCAUUCUAAAACCUUCCUGUCGCAUCCUGGCUAUGAUGUACCAUGGUCGGGAACCAGGGAAGAUCUGCCACCUGCGCUAUGACACACUUUCCCAGAUGUUGACUCUGGCUAACAUCCACGCUGGCAGCAAAGUUUUGGUGUUUGAGACUUGUGCUGGCCUUGUGCUGGGAUCUGUGAUGGAUAGAAUGGGAGGCUACGGCUCAGUAAUCCAAAUGUACCCAGGAGGUGGGCCAGUUCGGGCGGGAGUGGAGAGCUUUGGCUUCCCUGCGCAUUUUCACAAUAUGCUGCACGACUUUCCCAUCUGCCAUGUCAACGCUCUGCUGGCAGGAACACUGGACACCACUGCCAAAGACCUCAGUAGUUCUGAUUCAAAGCAGUCUGAUGUGGCUGCUGAGGAGGAACAAACCCAGCCUGAGGCAAAGCAGCAGGACAGUCCAGAGGAACAGAGUAUGGAGACAAACACUGGCACUGAUGAUGGCCAGGACCAGGAAAAAGAAGAGAAGGAGAGACGCAAAGAAGCCAAAGCUCAGGAAAAAAAGGUGAAACUGGAGGAGAAGCGAAAGAAGCUGGCAGCGGCUGCCGCCCUGCUAGAGGACAGAAAAGCAGACGGGUUGGUUAUAGCCAGUCGCUUUCACCCGUGUCCAGUCCUGAUGAGCCUGCUGAAAUUCCUCGCACCUUCCAGGCCUUUUGUAGUAUACUCCCAAUUCAAAGAGCCUCUUAUUGAGUGCUACACCAAACUCAGGGAACAGGGCGGUACCGUCAACCUCAGACUCACAGACACCUGGCUCAGGCAUUACCAGGUAUUGCCAAACAGGACACAUCCUGUGCUACUGAUGAGUGGGGGUGGGGGCUACCUCCUCUCAGGGACAACAAUCUCCACGGACCGCUCCAAACCUCCAGGCCCGCAGAGAGUUGAGGAACCAGCGCCAAAGAGACCGAAACUGACAGACACUGUAGUGUAAACAAAUGCAGAAGCAUCUAAUCUUUAAGGGCACAUUACCAAUGGCCUAUAGGAAUUCCCUUCAGCAUUGACUUCCCUUUCUGCUGAGCUGAUUUGACUCUUGUGGAAUAAAGGAGACAGAGUGUCUGGUUUGCAUUCAUCAGAACAAUUUCUCCCGUCUAGUGUAUUCAGAUUGGUGCAG